UCCAACCUCCAACCGCACUUGACAUAUAUUUCACAAAAACAAACAAAUCAUUAAAGUUCAAUAAACUAUUUUGGCUAAAAAAUUCAACAGUUGAUGACAAUGUAUCUUCAGUAAAUAAAAUAAAUGGUUUUAGCAAAACAAAAACGUUAACAUAAUGGCUACACCUCCGCCGACGCAGUCUCGUAGAUCGGGCGGUGACAGUAAGAAAGUAACGCCGCCAACGUCCAAUAUAGUGACCAGGAAUGGGGCUCGCAAGGCCAAGAUUCAAACUCGAGCAAUGUCCGCCGCAGCUAAGCCUUCAGCAUCCUUAAUAGCAGCUAAAAAGAAGGCUCAACAGAAAAAGAAGCAAAAUCAUUUCGUAAUGGAGAUCAGGGAUCAUUUUCAGAUUGCGAUGGAAUCGAAGACAUUAGUGAAGGGUCCAACCGGAUUUGUCACUGAGCCUCGCAUGGGAGAACACAGGUGCUUGUGGGACGAAAAUUACCCAGAAUGUCCGGAAAGGCUCAUUAGUGUCAUCACGAGGUGUCAGGAACUGAACCUGAUCCAGCGCUGCAAGCACUUGGAGCCCCGCGCGGCCACCAAGGAGGAGCUCUGCGUGCUACACGCGCCCUCCGUGUACGAAAUGUUAGAGACGACACACGGAAACGACGACGCCGCGUAUCUGGAAGAGCUCUCAUCGAAAUUCGACGCUAUUUAUAUUCAUCCGAGCACGCACGAGUUGGCGCUGAUAUCGGCCGGCUCGACCAUCGACAUGGUGGACAGCAUAGUGUCGGGUGAAGUCCAGAACGGCGCGGCUUUCGUGCGGCCGCCGGGGCACCACGCCAUGCACUCGGAGCCCUGCGGCUACUGCUUCUACAACAACGUCGCUUUGGCCGCCAAGCACGCCUUGGACAAAAGGGGUCUGCAAAGGAUACUGAUCGUGGACUGGGACGUUCACCACGGACAAGCCACACAGCAGAUGUUCUACGACGAUCCCAGAGUGGUAUACUUCUCGAUACACCGCUACGAGCACGGCUCGUUCUGGCCCCAGCUGCGACAGUCCGACUUCCACUACGUCGGCAGCGGCGCGGGUAAAGGAUACAAUUUCAAUGUGCCCCUCAACAAAACCGGGAUGAAAGACGGAGACUAUUUGGCCAUCUGGCACCAGCUGCUUCUGCCCAUGGCCUACGAGUUCGCGCCCCAACUUGUAAUAGUUUCGGCUGGUUACGAUUCGGCCUUAGGAGAUGAAAAGGGAGAGAUGGAGGUGAGUCCGGCGUGCUACGCGGUCCUGCUGCACGCGCUGCAGUCGGUGACGGCGCGCGUGUGCGUGGUGCUGGAGGGCGGCUACUGCCUGACGUCACUGGCCGAGGGGGCCGCCCUCACGCUGCGGACGCUGCUGGGCGACGCGCCCCCCAAACUGGAGCCCCCUACGCCCCCCUGCGACUCAAUCCGCGACACGAUACUGGACUGCAUAUACGCGCACAGACAGUACUGGAGCUGCUACAGCUACCAGCCCGCGCGGGGGGGCCGCCACGAGGUGCUCGUGCGGUGGCGCGGCGACGAGACGCGCCCGUCGCGCUUCGCCACCCGGGACUGCUACCCGACGCAGGACGAGUCCACCCGCCGGGCUCUGGAGGACAGACUCGACCACUUGCGAGCGGUGACGGAUCUGACGUCACCGACCCACGCGGUCGGCUACGUGUACGACGAGGCGAUGUUGAAGCACAGGAACGUGGUCGAACCAGGCCACGUCGAAAGUCCGGAGCGUAUCAUGAGGAUCCACGAGCGACAUCGGGACUUCGGUCUGCUGGAGCGGCUGCACCGGCUGCCCGGCCGCGCCGCCUCCGACCAGGAGAUACUGAGCGUGCACUCCGACAAAUAUUUGGACAGGUUAAAGGAGCUGGCGUCGACGAAGUUGCGGGACCUGAAUAACCAGAAGGAGGAGUACGACUCUGUGUACUUUCACCCGGAGUCGCUGUCCAGCGCUGCUGUGGCGGCCGGCUGCGUGCUGCAGGCGGUGGAGGCGGUGGUGUCGGGGCAGUGCGGCGCCGCCGCGUGCGUGGUGCGCCCGCCCGGACACCACGCCGACCGCGCCGCGCCCGCCGGCUUCUGUCUGCUCAACAACGCCGCGCUGGCCGCCCGCGCCGCCCUCUCCCCCCGCACCUCCCCCCGCACCCGCCGCGUGCUGCUGCUCGACUGGGACGUGCACCACGGGAACGGCACGCAGGCGCUCACUUACAGCGACGACCAGAUACUGUACAUAUCGAUACAUCGUUACGACCACGGCUCGUUCUUCCCGCACUCGAAGGACGCAGACUACACGGCCGUGGGCACGGGGCGGGGUGAGGGCUACAAUGUCAACAUACCUUGGAAUAAGCGCGGCAUGGGUGACGCGGAGUACAUGGCCGCCUUCACCCAGGUCGUGCUGCCGAUAGCUCACGAGUACAAUCCGGACCUGGUGAUCGUGUCUGCGGGCUUCGACGCCUGCGUCGGGGACCCACUGGGAGGUUGUAAAGUAACUCCGGAGUGCUACGGCCGCAUGACGCAGCUGCUGCGAGGGCUCGCCGGAGGUCGGGUGGUGCUCUGCCUGGAGGGCGGCUACAACACGACCGCCAUCUCCUACGCCAUGACCAUGUGCACCAAGGCCCUGCUGGGAGACCCCAUACUGCACCACUACGAACCGAGGACCGCCUGCCACUGGUCCGCCGUCGAGACCAUAAACAACGUCAUCAGCACGCACAAGAAGUACUGGAAGAGCCUCGCCUUCCAACUCGCUCUGCCGUCUGAGGACGUGCUCCAGCGGCCGGCGCCGUCGCGAGGCCUGUCCGACCUGUCCGACGCGCUGUCGUCUUCAUACGAGGACACCAAGUCGGACUCCAAGAGCGACAGUCAACUGGACACGUCCCUGGAGCACAACAUGGCCAACCUCAGUCUGAACAAGUGCGGAGACGGCGUGCACUGCGGCACUGACGACGAGGACGACGCCGGCAACACCGCGUCCAAUUCUAAUCCGGAAUCGACUGGCAAUACCAAGAGUUUAGUGGAUUACUUGUCGGAGAACAUGCAGGCGCUCGUGGAGGGCGAGAUGUUCGCCGUGGUGCCGCUGGGCUGGUGCCCGCACCUGGAGGCGCUGUACGCCAUCCCCGCCGGGGUCCGCUUCCAGCAGGGACUCCAGUGCGUCGACUGCGAACACACCCUGGAGAACUGGGUGUGUCUGCACUGCUAUAUUACGGCGUGCGCGCGCGGCGUGAACGCUCACAUGCAGGCGCACUGGGCGGCCAGCGGGCACGCGCUGGUGCUGUCCCUGCGCGACCUGUCCGUGUGGUGCUGCGCGUGCGACGCCUACGUGGACCACCCGCUGCUCUACGACGCCAAGAACAACGCGCACCGCUGCAAGUUCGGCGAGGACAUGCCGUGGUGCUACGCCGCAGACGCCGUAGAGAUGCACUAGCCCCGCCGCUCAUAUCGACGCUUGAAAGGCAAACGUGACUAAGCAACAAUAAAUGGUUUGUACAUAAAUGAUAGGCAAUAACGAUAUUCAAUGCGCAAAAAAAAUAUA